GGGCCGGAGGCGAGCAAGGACUCGGGGCCCGCGCGGCGCCUCUCGGGGCCGGGCCGCCGCCUCUGCGCUCAGCCCCGCAGGCCGGGCAUGGGUGGGGAAGCCGGGCCGUCACGAUGAGCGCCCUGGGCAGCCCGGUCCGGGCCUACGACUUUCUGCUCAAGUUCCUGCUGGUGGGCGACAGCGACGUGGGCAAGGGCGAGAUCCUGGCGAGCCUGCAGGAUGGCGCGGCCGAGUCCCCGUACGGCCACCCGGCGGGCAUCGACUACAAGACGACCACCAUCCUGCUGGACGGGCGGCGGGUGAAGCUGCAGCUCUGGGAUACUUCAGGCCAGGGAAGAUUUUGUACCAUAUUCCGCUCCUACUCCCGGGGCGCACAGGGUGUGAUCCUGGUCUAUGACAUUGCGAACCGCUGGUCUUUCGACGGCAUUGAUCGAUGGAUUAAGGAGAUCGAUGAGCAUGCCCCCGGAGUCCCCAAGAUCCUGGUGGGGAACCGCCUGCACCUGGCGUUCAAGCGGCAGGUGCCCACGGAGCAGGCCCAGGCCUACGCCGAGCGCCUGGGCGUGACCUUCUUUGAGGUCAGCCCUCUGUGCAAUUUCAACAUCACAGAGUCGUUCACGGAGCUGGCCAGGAUCGUGCUGCUGCGGCAUGGGAUGGACCGGCUCUGGCGGCCGAGCAAGGUGCUGAGCUUGCAAGACCUCUGCUGCCGGGCGGUCGUGUCCUGCACGCCGGUGCACCUGGUGGACAAGCUCCCGCUCCCCAUUGCCUUAAGAAGCCACCUCAAGUCCUUCUCGAUGGCCAACGGCCUGAAUGCCAGGAUGAUGCACGGCGGUUCCUACUCCCUCACCACCAGCUCCACCCACAAAAGGAGCAGCCUCCGCAAAGUGAAGCUCGUCCGCCCCCCCCAGAGCCCCCCCAAAAACUGCACCAGAAACAGCUGCAAAAUUUCUUAAGGAAGGCACUGAAAGAAACACGGCGGAAUCUCUCCAGGAGAAGCUCGGCGUUACCCCUGGCAGCUGGCGGAUGCAUCUCAGAUCCCGGUUCCUCUCGGCGAAUGCUGCUUGCGAAUGUGUGCGACGCCUUCCGUGUGAUGGAAACACACUACACCGUCGGACUUCGAAUUUCUACGUGGAUGUGCAUGAAGCUCUUGUUUUCGAUGUGUGUUUGUAAAGGGAAAAUUAGUACUCUGCUCGACUCUUGGUAACAUGAAAUUCUGAAUGUUACUUUAUCAUGAUUGCACUGCAACUUUUUCCUUAAAAGAACUGCUUUUGUAAGAACGGUGAUACUGGAGUGAUUAGUAUAAAUUCAAUGAAAUUUGAGAAGCAAUGGCAGCGGGAUAAUUUACUGUCACUGAUAUUACGAGAGGGGUCUUUUUGUAAACCUCCUUUUCAAUGUCAAAGCACCAAUUUAUAAAACGCUGCAGAUGUAGAGGUUAUGUGCAACUGAUCUGUCCAGUUUGUGUAUGAAAUGGAUUUGAUAAAGUUUUUGCUAGUUAUUUACUACAUUUUGGGAUUAAUAAGUGAUUUAUAUGCAUAUUUUUCUGUAAAUCUACAGUUUUUUGUACAAGAUAUUCUACAAGUUAUGAAGCUAAGGGAAGAAAAUGCCAAAGAUACCUCUAGUUAUGUUGAACACAGCCAGCGCAGUUUCGACAGGUCAAGGAAGAGCUGUUUCAGUAAAGAAUGAAGUGAAAACACUUACUUAGGAAAAUGUUUCUCAACAAUAAAAUGUAUAGUUGUUUCUCUC